GUCUUCCAGGAGGACCUAAGAGGGUUAGUGCAUCCUGAGGUUUGCGUUCUGCCUGCAGAGUCACGCAUGCAGGCUACUUCCAGCAUCCUCAAGCUUGCUGCUGACCUCGCCGCCAUGGAGUUGUAGCCUCUUUGGCAGUUUUUCUUAAUCUUUUUCUACAUUAGGGUUGUCUCCCCUCCAUUUUUUUUCCCACUUUUGGAUGUAGCUUCUCUGAAGCACCACAAAAACAAACAAUUGAAGGCUCACAGAGUAACUUUUAAUGAUGGGGAACCAUGGCUCCAACCUAGAUGACAUCCUGGCCGAGGACAUGCACCACUGGUACAACAUGUUCAUGCGGGAGUCGCCGUCGGGCCUCAUUACACUUUUUGAGCUGAAGACCAUUCUCAGCCUGAAGGGGUUGAACGAGAACGCCAACAGCUAUGUGGACCAGGUCUUCUUCACCUUCGAUUUGGACGGGGACGGGUAUAUCGACUUUGUGGAAUACAUUGCCGCCAUCAGUCUGAUGCUGAAAGGAGAAAUCAACCAGAAGCUAAAGUGGUACUUCAAACUAUUUGACCAGGACGGAAACGGAAAGAUUGACAAAGAGGAGCUGGAGACUAUUUUCUCGGCCAUCCAAGACAUUACACGCAACCGAGACACUGACCCCGAAGACAUCGUCACGCUUAUAUUUGAGAGAAUCGACGUAAAAGGAGAAGGGGAGAUGACCCUGGAGGAGUUCAUCGAGGGCGCCAAAGACCAUGAGGACAUCAUGGACAUGCUGAGGAACUUGAUGGACUUGACGCCAGUGUUGGUCAUCAUCGUAGAGGGCCGCAAGGCGUGAGAGCUGACCUAAAACCCAAAAUGAACAUUAGGGGAAAAAAUGUGCAAAGAGCUGCUACAGCCACCCCAAAAAUGCUAACAUGAUGUCAGAAUGUCACAAGUAAGGUUCCCACACUUCUUGUUAAACUGUGCCAUUUUAAAAAUGGAUACAAAUGCUGUUGGUGUAGUCGUAAUGGAGUGCUAGGUGACAAUCAUUACUGUGUUUUGUUUGAACAGGUCUCUUACAGAUUCAGUUAAUCAAUUUUAGUGCCUGUAUCUUGAUUUAAGUUGGAAAAGAACUUCAAAUCUAGACGUCAAAAGCUCACAUCCUUGAAAUUUGAAGACAAAGCUUUUGUACAAUACAUUUUAAAUGCCGUUUGUCUUUGUAUGAACAUCAAACAAAAAAAGGAGUAUUAGGGCCACACUGAAAAAUCUAAAAAUUACGACUUCUUCAAAUACUUUAUUGUUCACAAAAUUGUGAUUUUAAUGUUGUAAAAUUUUGACUUUUUCUUUUUACAUUGCUGUGCAAUAUGGACAAAAAUAUGUAUAUCCCAAUAUAAGUAUUUGUAUGUCCCAAUAAUUAUAUAUAUCCUGAUAUAGUAUUUUUUAUAGUAUUUUAUAUAUAUAUAUUUAUAUACAUAAAAUAGAUUUAAAUUUCGCUAAUCUCUUAUUUAUAAAAUAAAUAUUUUAUAUAUAAAAAAAAAAUUGACAAUUAAAAAUCAAUAAAAAGUAUUUUAGCUCUUUUUUGAAAAUGUAUACUCAAGUCAUGUCUACACAUUGAUUUAGAGACAGCAUCUCUAAAGGAUUCUUAUUCUUCGUAAAGUAAAAUUACUUUUUACUUGGAAUAUACGCCAACCUUUUUCAUAAUUGUGACUUUUUUCUUGCAACAUUUCCUAUUUGUUCUCAUGAAAUUAUAAUAUUGUACUCAUAAUUUAGCUUUUUUUUCUCCCUGUAAUACAGCUGUAUUCACAAUUUGACUUUUUCUUAAAAAUUUUGUAAAUUGGUUUUCUCACUUUAUUAUUCAUAACUUUUUCUUGAUAAAAUAAUUUUCAAAACAUUGUUAUAACGGCAUUUUUUUUUCUUCCCUAGCAACUUUUUUCCCCAUUGAAAAAAAAGGUUCUACCAUAAUUAUGACUUGCUUAAAACUACAAGGUUUUCCCCCCUCUUAAUAUUUAGAAUGUCUUCUCGUAAGACUUUUAAAGGUAAAAUACAACUUUAUUUACCAUAGUCUUUUGACAGCAUUCUCAUACAACAAUUUAAUUGUAGAAUUACUACUUUUUUCCAAGUAAAAUUCUGUCGUUAAUUAGGAAAUACGUCAAUAAUAUUUCUGUCAGUACAACAGUUUUGUUGCAGUGUUUUUAUUUUCGUUGUGGCCCUAGUAUUUAUAUACUCCAGGUGAAAACGUUUAAACGCUAAAAAUACUAGCCUGGUUUAAUCAAAGAAGAGGUUAGUUGAAAUGUUUGACAAAAAGCUAUAAUUGAUUGUGUUUCUGCGCUAAAAUGUAAUCUUACCAAAAAAGUUCCCUUUAAACUUUAACUUAGAAAAAGUUGCUUGUGCCUAACACUAGAAGCUCUCUUAUUUCUGGCUACAUACUUUACUCCUGUGUUCAAUGUAAGAAUUGUUUAUUUGGUGAACUAUACCUUUAAUGUCAGGUACAUUUACUAACCCAGCCUACUUGUAUGUAAGGUUGUAUUUUUGCCUCAUUCUUGUGAGAAUCCUGUGUUUGACCGAAGCAUUAAAAAGUGAGCCUAUCCAGGACCAGCUGCAGCGUGCUGAAGCUACCACCGGGUAGCAUCUGUGAGUAGAUAAUACCGUAUCAUCUCUUCCUUUUUCAAACUUAUCAGGUCUUAUCGAGUCAGGAGUGCAUUUUUCACACAUUCUUCACUCACACUUUACGUGAAGGAUGAGGCAAAAACUAACCAAGACUCACUGUAUGAGAGCAGUGCAUUCUGGGAGUCUCUUCUGGGUCAGCCGGCAUUUAUGCUGAUUCUCUGAAAAGUGUAAAAGCUUCAGCUGGCUGGUCUGUAAUUGAGAAAGAGUUUAAGUCCCACUGUAAAUGUCAAAAUAGCCUCCAUUGGUCCAAUUUGAUUGAUUUUUACCGUUUUCUUGUCAUAAGUUUGAUAGUCCAUCCAAACCUAAAGCAAACAAGCACAUGCUUUACAUGGAAACAAUGUUUUACUUUGUUUUCUUUUUGGUGACAGGUAUUUUAUGAGGAUACCGAAUUAACCAAGUGGCUUUACUUUUAUAUGCUGAUGUUUAUAAGACCAAGGGGUGAACAUGUACAAUAAACGUAAACUGACUUGCGCUUCAACAAAGAAAUGAGGCCACUUUAUCUACCCUAGAUUG